CCCUCAAAAGAAGAUUAAAAGAUAUUUCAGAAAAAAUGGAUUUAUUAAAACAAUUAAAUGAAGAAAUGCGUUCACCAAUACAGCAACAACAAACACAAAAUCACAGAACAUUUCCCCUUACAAAACCAAUAUUUUAUGGAAAGGAGGAAGAAAUUGGGGAGAAUAAUAAUUUAAAUUUAGGACAAAAAUCAACUGAAAAAGGUUGA